AUGUCAACUUCAUUUGAUGGUCCAUAUCCACCGAAUCCACAACAAAGAUCAUCCCGCUGGCCAACUGCACCAGGAGUUUACGUCAACGUCGAGUUCAGGGUCUCGAUGUCUGAGAACGAUAAGGGGCAUGGGGCAUCAUUGAGGUAUGCAUCAAGGAACAUGAGGGAAAGGGAAAGAGCAAGAGCAAAUACACAUUUGGGUGGCAAACCAAUACCAUCGAUAUUGACACCUGGUCAUCCUCAACCUAAUAAUCCAUCUCAAUAUCAGCAAAAACUACAGCAACAGCGAGAUUUCGAUCGAGGGCUGAGCAUUGGUAUGGAAACACCAGGGAGGGGAAGAUCUGCACCACCGACGAUGAACGAUAGAACUCAACCAAUUAGUCCAGUCAGUCCAGUUAGCCCUAUGAGUGCUGUUGGCAGUCCAAUACAACAUCGGAUAGUGAAUUUGCCUCGGCAAAACAUUAUGGAUCGAUUAGACCGACCUUUACCAUCAACACCAGGACGAUUUCGACUCGGCGAAGAUGACUUGCCAUGGUCAACACCUCCUUCGUAUUGGAAUGCCGAACCUGAUACAUCAGAAAGUGUCGGUCCUACAAUAACCAGUAUUGAGACCUUUCAGCCAUAUCAACCAUCUCCAACUACUGCUAGACGAACGGAAGAUCCUAAAAGAGUUCGAGAGUUGUCGGAACUUCAACAGGCUAUGAUGACGGUGGAUAGUAUUGACAAUGAUGUUUGGGAUCCGUGGAUGUGGGAUAGUGCAGGAGAUAUGCCUAGAGGGCCAAGAAGUAUUGGCUGGGCAGUAAGUUCGAACGAUGCAUCUGGCUCCCCGACCUUGCCAUCGCCGAAGACCCCUCCUCCUCCGCCUUACGUUGUUAGUCAGUGGGAAAACGCUUGCCAGAAGAGAAUCACGACUACAAGACCUAGAAGUACCGGCUGA